GACCUUAUCUGUCAUAACCGCAACUGCAAGUUUGACCAAAUUUGAGUAUAAAAGUCGGCCAAUAUUUCGUGGAGCGACAAAGAGAACCAACAAAACCAGCCCCAUGGGGAUCGUCCAAACUCUCACUCAUGACCAGCUCCAAUCCUUUAACUCCGAUGGUUAUAUAGUGAUGGAGUCGUUUGCGAGUGAUGAGGAAAUCGAGAGCAUGAGGAAGAGAAUGGAGCAGUUGCUCAAUGAAUUUGACUACUCCGCUAAUGCCUCUAUUUUCUCCACCAAGAAUCAGCAACAGCUUACCGAUGAUUAUUUCUACGAAAGUGCAGAAAAAGUUUCGUUUUUCUUUGAAGAGAAAGCUUUUGAGGAUGAUGGAAAACUGAAGCAGCCAAAGGAAUUCUCUAUCAACAAAGUUGGCCAUGCAUUACACGAGAAAGACCCAGUGUUUAAUAAGUUCUCUGACUCUGAGAAAUUUUCUGGUUUGUUAUGCUCUUUGGGCUACAAGAGACCGGUCAUCAUUCAGUCUAUGUAUAUAUUUAAGCAACCAGGUAUUGGUGGAGAGGUAGUGCCACAUCAGGAUAACUCUUUUCUAUAUACUGAACCACCAACCUGCACAGGGCUGUGGCUGGCCCUGGAAGAUGCAACAAUAACAAAUGGUUGCCUCUGGGCUAUUCCUGGAUCUCAAAAAAAUGGACUUGUCAGAAGAUUUAUUAGAGGUGAAGAUGGGGUCACCUUUGAUAGGCCAUCCCCAGAUUAUGAUCAUAAAGAUUUUGUGCCUAUUGAAGUGAAGGCUGGUUCCUUGGUUGUAAUUCAUGGUGAUCUUAUUCACCAAAGUCUUGAGAAUCAGUCCUCGAAAUCAAGGCAUGCCUACAGCUUGCAUGUGAUAGAUACUGAUGGCUGCAAAUGGGCUGAAAAUAAUUGGAUCAGACGAAAAACAGAGCCAAAGCCGCUUUAUGUCUCUUGAUCUAACUUGAGAGCUGAUCUGUAUUAUUCAAGCUAAGCCACCAUUUUCUCUGGCAUGGCAUGCUUGUCUAUUGAAAGAUAUGUAGUUGUCAUGAAGUAAAGGGAGGUUAUAAAAGUUACUUUAGUUUUAUAAUGUUACUCUUAGUUCCCAUCAGUCUUGUAAUUGGUAAAUAUUUUUGCCUGUUUGUUUCUUUAAGACAUUAUACAAUGUCUUUAUUGACUGUUGUACUAUUAGAAUAAAAUUCUCUCAAUAAUAUUAAAAAUAAAUAAAUAAAAUAAAGUAAUUUGAUU